GUGCUUUAUGAUUUAUUGAAGUGUUUUCCUAUUUGCCUUUGUGUUUUCCUAUUUGUUGUCGUGUUUUCCUAUUUGCUUUCGUGAUUUGCACUUCGGGGCCACCGUACAUCAUACUCCGUGUUGUUUUCACUCCAUCCCAGCAGAUGGCAGUAUUAACCUACAGAGGACAAACACAGGGACACUUCCGUCAACACACAGGACACCUUCAGCCAGCACGUCUCGUUUUAUAUCAACAAACUGGAAACCAUGUAACAUCUCUAAUUCUUCUACUGUUUAUGUGUCUAAUGCAAGUCGCUCAGUCGUUUGGGAUUACCGCCAGUCAGACAAUAAUGACCUGCAUGACACCAACGUUUUCUAGAAGAAAAGUCGGACGGCUGCUCGGUGCAGCUUUCACCUCCUGCAGGUGUUUCCACACUGAACUAUGAGCCUUUCCACCCUGCAGGUAGGACAGGAGUCCAGCGCCCUUCCGGUCGUUCAUCACAGCAGCUAUGCGUGCGAGCUCCCAGCCAACCACAGGUUCCCUAUGGCCAAGUUCCCCCGGCUUCUCCACUUUCUGAUCAAGGAUCAGGUCAUUACAGAGAAACAGGUGUGGGUCCCCGAAAUUGCCUCCGAAGCUUUACUCAGCUGUGUGCACACUGAAGAAUACUUAAACAACUUGAUGAAUGGGACGACAAAUGAGCAAGAACAAAGGAGGACAGGUUUCCCCUGGAGUGAAGGCAUAGUGACACGCUGUCGAUAUGAAACAGGUGGGACUGUUUUAGCUGCUGAAGUAGCUCUGCAGAGGGGUCUGGCCUGCAGCACAGCAGGAGGAACACAUCAUGCCUUUCCAAGCUACGGCUCAGGCUUUUGUCUCCUCAAUGACUUAGCAGUUGCCGCCAAAUACCUGAUGGGCAUCUCCUCGCCCAAAAGGAAGGUUCUGAUUGUGGAUCUAGAUGUACAUCAGGGUGACGGCACGGCUUUCAUUUUCAAAGAGGAGCCGUGUGUGUUUACAUUCUCGGUGCAUUGUGGGAAAAACUUCCCCCUCCGUAAACAACAAAGUGACCUAGAUAUCAGCGUGGAGGAUGGCAUGGAAGACAAGGAGUACCUCACCACAGUGGAGGCCCACCUCCCCUGGCUGCUGGAGACCUUUGGUCCAGACCUGGUUCUGUACGACGCAGGCGUCGACCCUCAUGGGGAAGAUGAACUCGGGCGGCUGCGUCUGACUGACCAAGGGCUGUAUCAGAGAGAUCUGUACGUGAUGAAGACUGUGGUGAGCAGAGGGGUUCCUGUCGCUGCCGUUAUCGGAGGAGGAUACUCGAGAGACAUCGACAAACUGGCCCUCAGACACUCCAUCCUCCACAGAGCAGCAACUCAGGUUUGGAGGGAGUGUGGGAUGUAAAAUCUUCAUGCCCUGAAUCAAGAGGACCCUCAGAGACUUGAUCUUUGGUAGCCAGUAUUAAUAUUUGUGACUAUUUCUUUUUUGGUAAUGCUCUCUUAAUCAGGAGAGAUUUCAUUAAGGGAAAAGUGUAAUUAACAUGGUGCAUGAUAGGUUGAUAUGUUAGUUUUUGGUGAUUAGACUCCAUCGCAGUGCUCCAUUUAUAAGGGCUAAAGAGGCCGUGGGUAUACAGGAAUAUCCCCCCCGAUUAGGGUUGCACAAUAUUGACAAAAUGUGAUGUUGCGAUAUCGAUAUUAAUUUCGAU